AUGAACAAUCGUCCGGUCGAACAAGCACUGGGCAAUUUGGUGCCUACUCACGCCAAUGAUCUUCCUCAGGAACUUCUGAGCUUGGCCUUGAGUCUUGUCGCACAAUCACGAAGCUUUUCCAGCAGCUUGAAGCCCGAGGAAGAGAUUGCCCGGCCAUAUGCUUGCGCCGAGAUCGCCUGUAGGAGGCUGACACGAGCCCUGAAACUCCCCCCUUUACUCGGCCAUCCACCAUGUCCUCCGCGCGUCUACAAGAAGCUCUACUCAUACCUCGACCGGUCUCUGUCGUCUAGCACAGCUGGAAUCAAGCGAUCGGCCAGUGGCUAUGUAUCUACGCCUAAGCGCACUGCCUCCGCUCAGACUACACCAGCGAAAGCAUCUGUAGGUGGACGGACCCCUUCAAAAGCCGCUCCCACACCCCGAGGCCUGCAAAAUACGCCCUCCAAAUCAACACCCUUGAAGAGAAGUGUUAGCGUGGCUAAGCUUGGCACUCCGACCAAAUCUGCACUCAAGCCCUCCACGAGCCGUCGCAAUGGAUUGGCGUCUUCCACCAUAAUCCCCGAUGCCCCAGCAUGGGCCAUGAAUGCAAUCCGCACAGUAUGCAAAACAUUGUCAACUCCGGCACCUCGGACGACCACCUGGUCCCGUCCUCCGAUCUCGAGAACACUUCCACCACAUAUUUUUGCCGGUGUUUCUUCAAUUCUCUACUUGACAUCUAGUAUGUCCAGCAACGAAGAGGGAUUCGACGAGGAGACCCUGGAUUUCUUAGACCCGAUUGUGUCAAUCACGAAUGCCAACAACGAUGACGAUUUCAAAGAACUUGUCUACGCCAUGGUUGUGGCUGUUUACUUCCUUGUUCUGGCCCGCCGAAGAAAUCCGACUCCAUCAGCUGAUGGCGAAAUCGAUAAUCAAGGCCAGAAGAUGGACAAGAAGACUUUCACUGAAAUGCGCCAAACAGCACUCACUAGUCUUGGACUCCCAAAUGAUAGAAGUCACCGCGAUGAUGUGGACCAUUGGAUCGGCUUGAUUAUGGAGCAAGGAUGGGCAAAUGAGCAGGAGUGGUUUGAGAACAUUCCACUUGCAGGUGAACUAGACGGCGAGGAUGAAGAUGGUGUUUCCUUCCGCAAUCUUGAUGAAGAAGAUGCUGCGUUCCGUGGUGUGAAGUUGCCAAAGCGGAAUGAUGGGACCAGCGGACCUAGCCAACAAUCGCGGUCUAAUAACCCUACCCACGGUGGUCUUCUUCCAGGGCUGGGAACCAUGAUGCAGGACCGUGUGGAUUGGCUUAGUGACGAUCGCCGCGAAGAAUUCGUGGAAUGGAGAGCUGAUAUUCUGGCUCGCAUUGGGGGCAGCAAGUCUCAGGUGGCAGCUGCGUAA